AUGAGCACUGAUAAUAAUAAUGCUGUACCGUUAAAAUAUAUUGAACGAUUCAGAUUAGAAUGUAAAGAGGAUGUUAAACCAACCGAUCGUUUAGACAAAUGGAAAAGUGCAAAACUUGUAUUAAACUUUUUAAGAGUUGUUAAGAAAGAAUAUCCUGCAAUUUAUAAUUACUCGUUUGAUGUGACUGAAAUUACCAAACCGCCUAGAAAACCGGCAAGCAAAAAGGUUUCAAAAAAAGUCUAUGAUCGCAUUAGAUCAAUUGAACUUUUGGGGAAAAAUAUUGUAUCAGUUUACGAUGGUGGGCCAAUUUUUUCUAAUAAAAAAUUUGCAUUUGAUCAUAAAGAAGAUAAAGAGUUUAAAAUCGAUCUUCCUGCUGAAGUUGAAGGAAGAAGAAGUAAAAAUUAUCAAGUAAAAUUAAGAUAUCAAGGAGAAGCUGAUUUAGAAAAACUUAUGGACUUUGUUUCUUUAAAUCCAAAUACAGAAUAUGAUGGCACUGUUCAAUUUGGUCUUUCAUUAUUGAACGCAAUUCUAAAUUCUACACCUAGAUUAAACCAUUUAUCACUAGGAAGAAGAUCAAUUUUUCCUGAUUUGCCACUAUUUAAAGAAAUAAAAUUGCCUGGUGCAUUAAUAUUAAAACCAGGAAUUCAACAAGCUCUUAAACCUGGAUGGGAUUGUUUGGUGGUAAACGUUGAUAGAAGUUCAGCAAUAUUUUAUCCUCCUGGUCCAUUAAUUAAUAUUAUACCAGAAGCGAUUCAGAGAGGUUCUAGAAAUUCGAGGACGCUAAAUGAUUUAAAAACAAGAGGUCUUAGCUCAGAUGAAUGUCGUUCCCUUCAAAGUUAUCUUAAAGAUGUAAAAUUAGAAAUUACAUCAUAUGGAAAAAGAAGACAAAUCACUAUCAGCAGAUUAUCAUAUGAAAGUGCUGCUAAUUUAAAAGUUAAUAAAAACGAUCGAAAUUCUCAAACUAUUCAGCAAUAUUUUAAAAGUCGGUGGGAUUAUGAAUUGCAAUAUGCUAAAUUACCUUGUAUCGGUGUAUACAAUCGAAAUCUAAAAAGGGAUGAUUAUUACCCAAUCGAAGUUUGUGAAAUUGUUAAAGAUCAAAAAUUUGAAGAAAAAGAAUGGAAACCACUUCCUGAAGAGACACGAAGACAAGUUGUUCGCAAAACAUGCAUUGAACCAAAAGAUAGAUUUGAUUACAUAUAUGAUGCAAUACAUGAAGUUUAUAAAUAUGAUGAAGAUAAAGUUUUGAAAGCAUUUGGAUUGAAGAUUGAUUCACAUUUUAUUGAAGAAGAGGGUAAGAUUGUACCUGAACCAAAUCUUCAUACUGGUAAUAAUCGUAAAACUGUUAUAAGAAAUCAUCGUUGGGAUACUGAUAAAUUUGUUGAAGCAAAAGCUGUCGUUAAUUGGUCAGUUAUAAUAUUUGAUAGUUAUGUAAAAGUUGAAACAAUAGAAGCUGCUAUGAGAUUAUUAAGAUCUACAUUAACAAAAAGAGGAAUGGUAAAAAUCAUCUUCAUUAUUAUUGUAGCUUUGGAAAGAGCAAGAUUUGAUAAAAAAAGAGGAAACGCUGAUUUAAUCAUUUGUAUAGUUACAAAAAAUGGAGGAAAUUCAACUGUUUAUCCUGCUGUAAAAAAAAUUGCAGCAACAUUAGGUGUUGCGACUCAAUGUAUCUUGUCUAAUAACAUUGAUCCAAGACAAAAAGAUAAAUGGGGAAGUACAUUUAAUAAUUUGUCAUUAAAGAUUAAUGGGAAAUUAGGUGGUGAAAAUGCUCGAUUGAGUCCUGGUGAGCUUGAGAAAAUCACAAAAAAAGAACAUUUUAUGGUUAUGGGUGCUGAUGUUUUUCAUCCAGGAAGAUUGGAAGGGGAACGAGCAAGUAUUGCCGGCGUUAUUGCAUCAAAAAACUUACAUCUAACAAAAUAUGCAGCACGUUUCUCUGCAAACCACAAAGUUAGAAAUGAAACUAUUGAAGAUCUUGAACCAAUGUCAGUGGAAUUGUUAGAGGUUUAUUAUAGUGAAAACAAACGAUUACCAGAUCAAAUAGUAUUUUAUAGAGAUGGUGUUUCCGAUACUGGUUUUCAAAAUGUCAAAGAUCAGGAAAUUACAGCAUUAAAAGCUGCAUUCAAGACCGUUUAUUCUAAACACAAACAGAAUUUACCAAAACUAACAUUUGUAAUUGUACAAAAAAGGCAUCGUGCCAGAGCUUUGGCGUUGAAUAGUAGUAAUAAGAAUCAAAAUUGUGAGCAAGGAACUGUUAUUUUUACAGGAAUUGUCGUUCCACAAAAUUUUGAAUUUUAUUUAUACUCGCAUACGGGUCGUCUUGGAACUUCCAAACCAACUCAUUAUUAUGUAAUAUACGAUGAAAGAGGUUUCUCGAAUGAAGAAAUGUUUGAGUUUACUUAUAAAUUAUGUUUCUUAUGUAAUCUUUCUGUAUCACAUGUAGUUCCUGUCUAUUACGCUCAUCAUUUAGUCAAUCAAGCAAAAAACUUUGUAACAUUAUGGAAUGACAACAAUUCUUCAUCAAGUCGUGGUAGUAGUCGUACUAGUCGUAGUAGUGGGAGUAAUGGAAGCAAUGGAUUUAUAAAAUCAGAUUGUAUAAGUGUUGCUGCUUCACUUAAAGAUACGGAAUACUAUAUUUAA